CGAAACGGGUCUGGAGGCGUUUCGAUGGAAGAGGACGACGGAAGGAGAGAAGCAGCGAUAGCAUCAGCACCAUCUCUACGACCCAAUUUCACGCCCAAAAAGGGUCUCAAUCCUUCUCAACUUUCCAAGUUUCAAGAGUUGCACCGAAGACGCUUAAAAAUAAAAGCAAAAUCAAAAUCAAAGAUCAAGGAUAAAUCAAAAGGACUUGAUAAGGCUGGAAAGUAUAAUGGUAAAGAUGUCAAUGCCAAAUGCAAGGAGAUCAUGGAUGAAAAAUCAAUUAAAGCAGCUGAAGAUCCAAGAAUUACGUUGUCCAUAGGCAGUAUGACGGACCUUUCACCCUCUCAAGAAGACAGCUUAGCAGGACACACACUGUCAAAAAAGCGACAGAAGUUGCAUUGGGGGCUUGACACCAAGGAGAGAUGGGAAAGGAAAUCCAAUAUGUAGAGGUAUCAGAUUCUGAGUUUGCUGUGCUCCUAUCAUGCUAGACAGCUCCAAGGAAGGCAGUGUAAAAUCUUUGAUCUACAUGUAGUAAUGGAUCUAUUAUGAACUAAGAUGAUGUGUCUGGCUAAAUCAUCCAGCUCGUAAACCCAAGCUUAAGAGUGUAAAGAUGUACAUUGAUCCCUAGGUUUAUGAGGAAAUGGUAACUAAGCCUUGGCUCUGGCGUAGAUCAACCAAUUACUGCUAAAUGACUUUGAUUCUUCUGGGCUUGGCCCUUUCACUUGUAAUUGCACGUGUUUUAUUUGUUAAACAAUACUAAUAUUUUUCUUUAAAAAUCGUACAGUUUGGAAAUUCCAGCGAA